UCAAAUCCAAACAAAACCCAAACCCGUUUUUAUUACAACUCAUAGUCCCAUUUCCAUCUUUAUAUAAAUCCAUUUCCAUUAACAUCUCUCUCUCAUAGUCCCAUUGGAGAGAGCUUCCUUCUCUCUCUCUCUCUCUCUCUCUCUCUCUCUGUGUAUCUUUGAUCGUCUCUCUGAGGAUAUUCUCUCUCACUUUCAGCUUGGGUGAAAAUUGAAAAUUUUGAGUUUUGUGAACAGAGAAGCUUGCAGAAGAAGAGUGAAAGGGAAAGCGAGUAGAAAAGGAAAAGAAUUUUUUUUUUUGUGGCAGGUAAGGGAAUUUGAAAUUCUGAAGAAGAGAUGGCAAAACAUCGGUUGAGGAAUUCUAUAAGGUCCAUUUUUGGGAGUCAUAUUGAUUCAGAAAAUGAUGAACAGCUGAAAGGAUCUAAAAUAGAAAUUGAGGGCAAAGUGAAAAAGAUCUUGAAGCUUAUCAAAGAUGAAGAUCUUGAAGAAAAAGACGGUACCCCAGAAGAAAACUCCAAAAAGGAACCACUUGCUAAACUAAUUGAGGAUUUCCACCAACAGUACCAAUCACUCUAUGCACGAUAUGAUCAUCUAACGGGAGAGCUAAGGGAAAAAAUUAAUGGGAAACAAGGAAAGGAGGACAAUUCUUCAUCUAGCUCAGACUCAGAUUCAGAUUAUUCCUCAAAGGACAAAGGCAGUAAGAAUGGAAAAGUGGAAAGAGAAGUUCAGAAAAUUAGAGAUGACAUUAAAACAGAACUUGAAGCAGCACUUCUAGAAGUUGCUGACCUGAAGAGGAAGUUGAUGGCUACAAGUGAAGAAAAGGAAGCUCUAAAUGUAGAAUACCUUGCUGCUUUGAGCAGGAUACAAGAAGCAGACAAAUUCAUUGAAAAUAUGAAGACUGAAGCCCAAAAGUUAGACAGUGAAAAAUCGAAUCUUUUGGUUGAGAAUAGUGAACUGAAUAAAAAACUUGGGACUGCUAGUAAGAUAGAAGAAGAACUGAAUAGAGAGAAAGAUAAUUUGAUUGUAGAGAAAGAGACUGCCAUCAGGAGGAUUGAAGAAGGAGAGAACAUUACAAAAGGCUUAAGAACCACGGCUGAUCAGCUGAAAGAUGAAAAAGUAAAUCUAGAGCAAGAACUAGAAGCUGUUAGAGGGGAAAUAUCAAAUAUGAAGCAGCAGCUAGAAUCUGCAGAGCAACAAGUGUCAGAUUUAAGCCACAAUCUGAAAGCUUCUGUGGAAGAGAAUGAAUCUUUAAGCUUGAAAUUUUCAGAAGUCUCAAAUCAGAUUCAGCAGGCACAGAUCACAAUAGAAGAACUUAGGGCUGAAUCACAUCAGUUAAAGGAGGAAUUGGGUCAGAGGGAGAAGGAACUUUCAAAUUUCAAGGAUAUGCAUGAGGUGCAUGAGAAUGAGUCAUCUGCUCGAGUAAAUGGAUUAGAGGCACAAGUAAGAAGCCUGGAAGUGGAGCUGAAGUUGUUGCAAAACCAGAAACAAGAUAUUGAAGUACAGAUUGAGAUUAAAGAAACAGAAUUUAGCAAUAUAAAGCAGCAGCUGGAAUCUUCUGAACAGCAAAUUUCAGACUUAAGCCACACUCUGAAAGCCACUGGGGAAGAGAAUAAAUCUCUAACCUUGAAGGUUUCAGAGCUUUCAAAUGAGGUUCAGCACGCACAAAACAUGAUACAGGAACUCAUGGCUGAAUCAAGUCAGUUAAAGGAUAAUUUGGGUAAGAGGGAAAGGGAAUUUUCAACUCUUUCUGAGAGGCAUGGGGUGCAUAAAGAUGAGUCUUCAGCUCAAAUAAAGAGAUUAGAGGGGCAAGUUACAGAACUUGAACUAGAGCUGGAAUCGUUGCAAGACCAGAGAAGAGAGAUGGAAAAGAAGAUAGAAAGUAAAGCAGCUGAAGCAAAACAACUGGGAGAGGAUAAUAUAGAACUGCAAUCCCGAAUUUCAGAACUUGAAAAGAUGUCAAAGGAGAGGGAAGAUGCGGUUUCUGCUCUCACGAAGAGAAUUGAGGAAAAUGAGAGUGAAUCCUUGUCUAGAAUAGCAGAAUUGACAGCACAGAUCAACAAUCUGCUAGUGGACUUAGAUUCUUUGCGCACUCAGAAAGAUGUGUCUUCAGCUCAAAUAAAGAGAUUAGAGGGGCAAGUUACAGAACUUGAACUGGAGCUGGAAUCCUUGCAAGACCAGAGAAGAGAGAUGGAAAAGAAGAUAGAAAGUAAAGCAGCUGAAGCAAAACAACUGGGAGAGGAUAAUAUAGAACUGCAAUCCCGAAUUUCAGAACUUGAAAAGAUGUCAAAGGAGAGGGAAGAUGCAGUUUCUGCUCUCACGAAGAGAAUUGAGGAAAAUGAGAGUGAAUCCUUGUCUAGAAUAGCAGAAUUGAUAGCACAGAACAACAAUCUGCUAGUGGACUUAGAUUCUUUGCGCACUCAGAAAGAUGAGUCUUCAGCUCAAAUAAAGAGAUUAGAGGGGCAAGUUACAGAGCUUGAACUGGAGCUGGAAUCGUUGCAAGACCAGAGAAGAGAGAUGGAAAAGAAGAUAGAAAGUAAAGCAGCUGAAGCAAAACGAGUGGGAGAGGAUAAUAUAGAACUGCAAUCCCGAAUUUCAGAACUUGAAAAGAUGUCAAAGGAGAGGGAAGAUGCAGUUUCUGCUCUCACGAAGAGAAUUGAGGAAAAUGAGAGUGAAUCCUUGUCUAGAAUAGCAGAAUUGACAGCACAGAUCAACAAUCUUCUAGUGGACUUAGAUUCUUUGCGCACUCAGAAAGAUGAGUCUUCAGCUCAAAUAAAGAGAUUAGAGGGGCAAGUUACAGAGCUUGAACUGGAGCUGGAAUCGUUGCAAGACCAGAGAAGAGAGAUGGAAAAGAAGAUAGAAAGUAAAGCAGCUGAAGCAAAACGAGUGGGAGAGGAUAAUAUAGAACUGCAAUCCCGAAUUUCAGAACUUGAAAAGAUGUCAAAGGAGAGGGAAGAUGCGGUUUCUGCUCUCACGAAGAGAAUUGAGGAAAAUGAGAGUGAAUCCUUGUCUAGAAUAGCAGAAUUGACAGCACAGAUCAACAAUCUGCUAGUGGACUUAGAUUCUUUGCGCACUCAGAAAGUUCAAUUGGAAGAUCAGAUUGUGUGUAAAAGUGGUGAAGCAUCAUCUCAAGUCAAGAGCUUAAUGGAUCAGGUCAAUGUAUUGCAGCAGGAACUGGGGACCCUAAAUCACGAUAAAAGUGAACUGGAAAUGCAACUUGAGAAAAAAAUUCAAGAAAAUUUGGAGUACCUGGUUCAGAUAGAAAAUCUGAAAGAGGAGAUUUUGAGCAAGGAUAUGGAGCAACAGAAAAUUUCACAAGAGAGAGAAAGCUUAACAGCGCAAGUGAAGGAUCUUGAAUUGGAGGUGGUCUCUAUAUGCAACCAGAAAAGUGAACUUGAAAAGCAGAUAAGUGCUAAAGUCCUUGAGAAUGGUCAAUUGAUAGAAGAGAAGGUAGGGCUACAGGACAAAAUUUUUGAACUGGAGAAAACAUUAACUGAUAGAGGGGUUGAGUUCUCUUCUCUCCACGAGAAAUUAACAAGUGGAGAGAGCAACACUUCUGCUCAAAUAACAGCCCUGGAGUCAAAGAUUAACAGUCUACAACAGGAGUUCAAUUCCUUGCAGACUCAGAAAAAUGAGAUGGAGUUGCAGUUCAAGAAAGAGAAACAGGAACUUUCAGAAAGCCUGACCCAACUGGAGAAUCACAAGGUUGACUUAACAAGCAGCAUCACAGAUCAUCAGAUAAUUCUGAAAGAACAAGAAGAUGCAUACAAGAAGCUAAAUGAGGAAUACAAACAGCUUGAAGUUCAGCUUCAGGAAUGCAAGGUAAAUCUCAGAGUUGCAGAGAAGAAGGUUGAAGAAACAGAAAAGGAAAUCCAUAAAAACAUGGGAUCCAAGGAUGAGAAGGUAGCAGAGUUGGAACAACUUGUUGAAGACAUUAGAAGAGAUCUUGAAGAAAAAGAAGAGGAACACAGUACUUUGGUAGAUAAUGUGCGCACAAUUGAAGUUAAGCUCCGCCUGUCAAACCAGAAGCUCCGGGUCACUGAACAAUUACUAACUGAGAAGGAAGAAGCUUUCAGAAUUACGGAAUUGAAAUUCCAGGAAGAACAGAGAGUGCUUGAAGACAGAAUCACUAGAUUGUCUGGAAUAAUUGCUGCUAACAAUGAAGCUCAUCAAAGGAUGAUAACAGAUAUCUCAGAGGGUGUAAACAGUACCUUGACGGGAAUGGAAAUAGUGAUCCAGAAAUUUGAAGACGACUACAAAAAUUAUGAGUAUUGCAUCUUGGAAAUGUCAAAUGAACUUCACAUUUCCAAGAAGUGGGUCAUAGAGACAAAUAAGGAGAAAGAACAGCUAAUGAAGGAGGUGGAGCAUCUUGUGGUGCAGCUGAAAGAUAAUAAAGAUAAGGAAUUAGCACUAAGAGAGAGGGUCGAGAAGCUAGAAGUGAAGGCAAGCAAGGAAGAAGCAGAGAAUGAGAAGCUGAGUAAAGCAGUAAACCAACUUGAGAAGAUGGUAGCGGAAUUAGGAAAGACAGUGAAAGAAAAGGAUGAUGGUAUGUUGGGUCUUGGAGAGGAGAAGAGGGAGGCCAUAAGGCAGCUAUGUUUGUGGAUUGAUUAUCAACGCAGUCGCUACGAUUAUCUAAAGGAAAUGCUCUCAAAGGUGGUUGCUAGAGGCCAGAGAGCAAGCUAAGUACCUGUUCAUUCUACAUUGUUGUGUAUGUCCAUUUUAGUUUCGCACCAUGAUUGUUUUUAUUGAUUUUUAAUUUUUUUUUCGUUCUUGGGCAAGGCAGGCCACUGUGUUGAUAAAACAUGUUGGGUGAUGCUUGAAACAUAAUUAGUCAGCACAUUAUACAAAGUUUGGAUGCCAACUUAGCUUUCCUUAUUCUCUAA